AUUUGAGAAAGGUGGCGGUUUCAUGACACAAGAUGGGAAGAACUAUACUUUAAAGGAAGUGCAUUGGCAUACCCCUUCAGAGCACACUAUUGAUAAUCAACAGUAUCCAUUGGAGCUUCAAAUGGGGCAUGAGAGUGAAGAGGGCAAUGUUGCAAUUAUUGCAGUUUUAUACGAUUUUGGCAACCCAGACCCUUUUCUAUACCAGUUGAAGGAAGCAGUGGCUCAACUAGCUGAGGAACGCUGCUCCGCGGAUGAAGAGACCCAAGUGUCAGUUGGUCGAGUCCGAACAAAAUCCUUAAAACGCCAUAGUCGAAGAUACUUCAAAUAUGUUGGCUCACUCACAACUCCUCCUUGUAGCGAGAAUGUCACUUGGUAUAUUCUUGGCAAGGUGAGGAAAGUCUCCAAAGAGCAAGUUGCCUUGAUUAAGUCUUCCCUUGCGACUGAGUUCAAGAACAAUGCGAGGCCAACACAAAAAUUGAAUGGAAGAAAAGUUGAGCUAUAUGAUGAGUCUAAGCUCAAUGCUCACUCUCAAUAAAUGAGAUCAUGAGGCAAAUAAUUUCAAGUAAAUCAAACUUUGAUUUUAGGA